UCUUUGUUGUUUUAUCCUUCGGAUGUUUUCCAAAGACUUGAAUUUGCCUUGAAUGUCAAAAAAUGAGUUUUUAAAAAUACAUUAGCUUCUACUAUGGUCAUAAAUAGAUGCAAACAGAAUAUUUUAGGUUGAAAUUUUGACUUCUUGUAGCAGUCUGAUACAAAAAUGUUGGUAGCACUUUACAGAUCUGUAAUUAUAGGGUUAUGAUGUGGUAAUACUAUGGUAAUAAGUUGUACUUAUCCAUAGAUUAAAUGGUAAUAUCCUAGUUGUUUCUAAAUAAUAAGUCAGUCAUUUUAGGGGUAACAAGUUAGAAAUAAAAUGGAAAACUAAUGGUAAUAGUUGUAAUUAUUCACAUUCAAAGUCCAUUCAAUGGCAGUUUCCUACUUGUUACCAAAUACACAGGUAAAUAUCGAGAAAACAAGUCAGUAAUAAAAUGACAGAAUAAUGGUAACAAGUUGUAAUUAUUUGUGAAUAAAAUAUUAACUUUCCAGUUGUUACUAAAUAAUUAUUAACUCUUGCAGUAAUAACUAAGUAUAACUGAAGAAUUCAUCUGUAAUUGUUGUAUAAUUUUUACAUUUUAAGGGAUGAAAUGUUCAGCUCUGAUAGCAUAAUAUCUGAUUAACCAACAUAUCACACUAAUUCUUUUAAAUGCCUAUAGGGUUAUUACCCCAAAACAUAUCAAGGAUCUCUACUGAAAUCAUGUUGUAUCAGGGCUGUGAAAUACUAAUGUACCUGUUUCCACUUUGUUUCCUACCGGUUAUGUCUUUAAACGGUCAGGUGAAGCAUGAUGUACAAACACAGAAUGGACUGUAAUUCCAGUGAAAUGAAAUGGUAUUGGAGCUGUAAAAAACUUACUUGUUAUUAUGUUAGCUUUACAUGUAGUCCUACCUACAGACAAGUGUUGUUACCCAGAAAUCAAUGAGGUGAAUAAGCUGGUGUUCCUUUCUCCAAGGAAAGAUAAACAGGUUGUACAAAGAGAUAUACUGUGUGAUUUUGAAAUGGUGUAAAACUGUGUUGUUACCAGGUAACACAAAGGGAACAGGUGAUGUUGUAGUUUUUCAGCGCUGAUUCCAUGUAAUAUCAGUUUGUUUACCUCACUGAUUCCUUGGGUAACAACAUCAACAUGAGAGCUGAUGUGUAUCUCUUUUUUCUCCUCUCACUCUCUCUCCUGCAGAAAUCUCUGGCUCUCAUUCUCAUUCUUUGUGCCAUGCUGCCACUGACUCAAGCAGCGUGUUACUUCAAAGAGUUAAAACCAGGAAUGACCCGCUGCCAGGAUGAUGUGGAUAAGACCUGGCAUGCUGUAGGAUCCUCCUGGAGAAACAGCAAAUGCCAGGACUGCACAUGUGAAAGAUGCUGUGAUGGGAUGCCAAAGGUCAUGCCUUCUGCUGGCUGUAAAGUGGAGUAUGAUUAUCAGACAUGUACUUUUAGGGUUUUCAACCCGAGGGAUCCCUCUGCAGUGUGUUCACACGGUGCUGUUGGAAAGUGAUUAUGUACCGGAUACAGUGAAUAACACCACAUUAAAGAUCUCACAAUGACAGAACUGUC